UUCCUUCUGCCCAACACACACAAUCCUGCCCUAGUUACAAGACCCCUCUCCCUUAGUCACACACACUGUUCUGUCAUGCAGCAAACGUGAAACUCUUUUGCUUCAUACCGGUCUCUUGAGAGCAGUUAGAUAGAAUCCUAUUUUUUUACAUUUGCUUCCAGUGAAGAUCAUCCUAGUGGCCUUCACCUGACUCGACUGUAUUUUUUUACCCUUACAUGCGUAAUUCUUUGGCGGGUGGAAGUGCUGACCCGCCAUGUUUCUGGUUUUGGUGGUAACUGAUGAGUUGAGGGAGCUCUUGGCAAGGGCAAGGAGCGGGACUGGCCGUCUUAUCCAGGUGCUGAUCCGAGAUGAGCAGUUGGUUCUGGGUGCAUACUGUGAGCCGUCUCAGUCCUGGGAGAAAGAUUAUGACCACUUCCUGCUUCCUCUACUUGAUCCCCAAGAGCCUUGCUACAUCUUGUAUCGCCUUGACUCUUACAAUGCACAGGGAUACGAGUGGAUCUUUAUUUCUUGGUCACCUGACCAGUCUCCGACCAGACAGAAGAUGCUGUAUGCUGCCACUCGUGCAACAGUGAAGAAAGAAUUUGGUGGAGGGCAUGUAAAAGAUGAGCUCUUUGGCAAUGUGGUGGAGGAUGUUUGUCUUCAGGGUUACAUGCGCCAUGUAUCAUCAAUCUCUGCUCCUGCUCCUCUCACACAUGCUGAGCAGGAGCUGCAGAGAAUCAAAACCACAGAGUGCAAAGUUAAGCAGGUUAUUACAGAGAUGAGUGUGGAAACUAAGCCGCAGACCUUACAGGGGCUGGCCUUUCCGCUACAGGCAGAGGCAAAACACGCUUUGCAGCAACUCGCUAAGAAACACAUUAACUACAUUCAACUGCGGUUGGACACUGAAAAAGAGACCAUUGACCUGGUGCACACUCAACCCACAGAGACACGUGAUCUUCAUCGCAGGAUCCCAACAGACACACCACGCUAUCACUUCUUCCUCUAUAAGCACUUGCACGAGGGAGUCUACUUAGAGUCUGUUGUGUUCAUCUACUCGAUGCCAGGCUACAGCUGCAGUGUUAAGGAGAGAAUGCUGUAUUCCAGCUGUAAGAGUCGGCUGCUGGAGGAGGUGGAGCGAGACUACUAUAUAGAGGUGGUCAAAAAGAUGGAGAUAGACAGCGGGGAGGAUUUGACGGAGCAGUACUUGUAUGAUGAAAUCCACCCUAAGCAGCAUGCUCACAAGGAGGCAUUCGCCAAACCCCGUGGUCCUGCAGGGAAAAGAGGAAACAAGCGGCUGAUUAAAGGAGUGGGAGAGAAUGGUGUGAACAGCUAGAGAGAAAAGAACAUGGGAAACAGGUCCCUGAUCUUCCCUAAAAAUAAUCUGAUUUUGCUGUGUUAAGGCAUGACAGAAUGAAAAAGGUUGAAUUUUUCUUUUUUUUUCUUUUUUCAAAACAAAUUUUGAAUUUGUUGUAUUUUCCUCUUAUUGAUUGUAAUGCAUUUAAAAAUUCAUUAGCUUUGGUUUCAUAAAUCAUAGUUCUUUUAUUCAAAUUUGUGUACACACACAAAAAAAAAAAAGAAACUCAGGAAUUGAAUCUGUAUCUGUAAAUUGUCUGUUCACACGUUUUAUUUAUUCAGAAAUCGAUACAUAACUUCACAGUCAUGUUUCAUCCACAGAUUCAAUUAAUGUUAGUUAUGAAAGUGGACAAUUCAUAUUUAUAUUUGUUUAUUUAAUAUAUUUCACAGCAGCAAAACCAAACAUUGCAGAUCUAAACGAUUAGAAUGUGACUUUUUUGUAAGAUAAAAAAAAUUUCACUGAUGUUCCAGCUGUGAUUUUUGAUCUGUUUUGUUGUUACUGAUUGGAUUGAGUUUAAUUGCUUUAGUAUAAUUAACAUUGAAAAACCUAUAAAACUACAUAUGUAUAUUCAUCAGUGACACUUAUGUCAAUUUCUCUCACUGUUUUGUGUCAUAUCAAAUUGUGCAAAUCAAAAUUUUACUUAGAAUAAAUUAUUUUUAUUAACGGUAAA